GUCGUAAAAAAGGAGUUGCCGUUCCAGACGUGUUUAGAAAAGAUCUUUUGCUUCUAAGAGUACGUCAUAGCCACAUGUUGAAAAUAUACAAGACACUUUUUAUUGGUCGUCCGUUUUGGAGCGUGGGCGGGGACUUUGACAACAUCGUCGUAAGGCAGUCUGGCGGGUAAGGUUGGGGAAAGUAAAUCACCUGUCACUUGUAUUGGUCUCGACCAUAUUACGCCUGAGCGAGGUCGACUCGGAUCUGAGUAGUUCUCCAUUACUGCUACAAACCUCGACAACAUCAGAAGCACGCGGAGGUUAAUUAAUUUAAAUUCACGGAUGUUACAAGAGGAACACGCCGUUGUGUGUCAGUGACACCAAAUCGCCACCGCUCUCAAGCAAGCGGUGUAGAGGAGCUUAGCUGUGCCAUUGAGCAGGUCCAUUUCUCUGUAACAGGUGAUAAGAGGGACACUCUCGCAUAUGGCAUCAUGUCCGAGUCGCUCUCAAAUGAUUUACCUAAGAAGUUUUCAUUUUGGAUGCAAAUUGGACUUACUCGAGAACAGAUUAAUGUGGAAGGCGAACUGUCUUUAGCUGGCUUAAAGGAAGCGGCGUGUUCUUUCGUGGACCGAAAGUUCCCUGAACAUGGCUUCUACAACCUUGUGGACAAGAUUCUGUUGUUCCAACACAACCAGAGCUGUGCCAAUGUCCUGCAACUCAUUGAUGACCCCAGCACCAUCGGGGAGGCCAGUCUUGUGGAAGUUGUACUCUCAGCCCAGGCCACUAUGGAGGAGCUCCAGAUCCGACCGCACUUGCUGUUUGUCCAUUCCUACAAGUCACCUCACUUCUGUGACUUCUGUGGGGAGAUGCUGUUUGGACUUGUCAAACAGGGACUCAAGUGUGAAGGCUGUGGACAGAAUUUCCACAAGCGCUGUGCCUACAAGAUCCCGAACAACUGCAACCAUCAACGCUAUCGACGCCAGUCCUCGGGGAGUGUGUCGUCCAAUGUGUCCUUCACUUUGCCUUUACCAGAGCCAGCCCUGAAUGACAAAGACAAUCUCCUCAAUGUGCCGAGUCCUACCGCUCCCCCUUCCCCAGGGAGUGGUCGGUCCAAGUCCUGGAGUGGCCGCCCCAUGUGGCAGGAGAGGGAGUUCGCCAAACGCAUCAAGGUGCCUCACACGUUCAUCGUCCACAACUACACCCGCCCCACCGUGUGCCAGUGGUGCAAGCGACUACUCAAAGGCCUUUUCAGACAAGGAAUGCAGUGUAAAGAUUGCAAGUUCAACUGUCAUCGGAAGUGUGCUCCAUUGGUGCCGAAUGACUGUGCUGGUGAGCUGCCAUACAGGAUAGCUAUGGAAAUGGACUAUGACACACAACAAAUAGUCCGAAUUGAUGACUAUGUUGAAACGUUUGGCAGUCCAGAGACUGAGAGCUUGAUUGAGCCAGACAUUGCCGAAGGUGACCAAGAUGAGUUCUCAACUCAUGGUGACGAAAACUGCCAACAGGAAUUUGAGGAAAAUGAAGAUGGGCAACAGAAGCCCCCUCUCAGUCCCACCCAGAGCAGCAACAUCCCCCUGAUGAGAGUGGUACAGUCCGUCAAAAACACCAAGCGGACCGGGUCCAAGAUCAUCAAAGAGGGGUGGAUGGUGCACUUCACCAACAGGGAUCAUGUUAGAAAGCGACAUUAUUGGAGACUCGACACAAAAGUUAUUACCAUGUUUAUGAAUGAAAAUACCUCAAGGUACUUCAAGGAGAUUCAACUGAACAGCAUUGAGGGGGUAGAACCUGCUAAAUCUAAACAUAUUGACCCCGCCCGACCACCACAUGUCUUCGAGAUCCGAACAUCGAAUGCUAUCUACUGCAUUGGGGAAGACCCAACAUUUGGACAUCAGGAGAACAACAUUGUAUCAUCGACGGAGAGUGGCAUCGGACUGGAGCAGGCCAAACACUGGGAGCAGGCACUGAGACAAGCCUUGAUGCCUGUAACACCAACCUCCAGUGUCAUGAGCAUGGUGGGAGGUGAGAACCAGAACAAUGGCACCGAUGGAACCGCAUCACAGAAACCGCCGGAUGUCAGCCAGCUGUACCAAAUAUUUCCAGAAGAUGUCCUUGGAUCGGGACAGUUCGGAAUAGUUUAUGGAGGCCGACAUCGGAAGACAUAUCGGGAUGUAGCCAUCAAGGUUAUAGACAAGAUGAGAUUCCCAACCAAGCAGGAGGCACAGCUCAAGACUGAAGUCUCCAUAUUACAGAAUUUGCAUCAUCCGGGGGUCGUCAACCUAGAGCAGAUGUUCGAAACACCUGAGAGGAUCUUUGUGGUGAUGGAGAAGCUGAAGGGAGAUAUGCUAGAGAUGAUACUGUCCAGCCCGAAGGGUCGACUCAGUGAGAGAGUCACCAAAUACCUCAUAUCACAAAUCCUGGUUGCCUUAAAACACCUACACAACAAGAGCAUUGUCCACUGUGAUCUGAAGCCAGAGAAUGUACUGUUGUCAUCGGAGACUGCAUUCCCACAGGUCAAGUUAUGUGACUUUGGAUUUGCAAGAAUCAUUGGUGAAAAGUCUUUCCGUAGAUCUGUUGUGGGUACCCCUGCCUAUCUUGCCCCGGAGGUGUUGAAGAGGAAAGGUUACAACCGGUCACUGGACAUGUGGUCAGUGGGUGUGGUCGUCUAUGUCAGUUUAAGUGGCACCUUUCCAUUCAAUGAAGAUGAAGAAAUCAGUGACCAAAUCCAAAAUGCUGCCUUUAUGUACCCCCCCAGCCCUUGGAAGGAAAUAUCUCAGGAAGCUAUUGAUGUCAUCAGCAACCUCCUGCAGGUUAAGAUGAGGAAGAGAUUCACUGUCGACAAGUCUCUCUGUCACGUCUGGCUUCAGGAUUACCAGACUUGGUGUGACCUGCGUAUUCUGGAGACCCAAGUCGGCUUGCGCUAUCUCACCCAUGAAUCAGACGACGAAAGAUGGGAACAGUGGCGCCGAGAAAAGAAUCUCAAACUUUGGCCUGAGGUCGGACAGAAAGGUGUGAAUGAAACGUAUAACCUCAGCAAGUUGCGUGACAAACCCAAGUCUUGAGAUCUGUUCACGUAGAUAGUAACUGAUAUUCUGUGACCUUGACCUCUCAUUGUGACCUUGACCUCACAAUGUGUCCUUGAUAACUUGGAGGAUGGGAGCCCAGCGCAGUGAUGCAGAACGUGGUGGAUUGGGCUUGCAAGAUCAGGUUCAACGAUCUGCUAGAAGUCAUGUUUAUGUUUUGAACUCUGAACUUGUAUGUGUCAAUAUUGUGUGAAUGAUUGUUAAAUUUGGGAUGCACCGAAGUCCUGCAUUCUACCAAAGCCUUGCUCUACUUUACGAACUUGCUGUCGUAUGUCUGUCUGUUUGUCUGUUGAUCUUUGCUGGUCACAUACCCUGGAAUACUCUCACACCAUCUUUUCUUCUUGGCAGCAUAGACUUAUGGUUAACAGUCCUUGUUAAUACAGGCAUGAUAUUGAAAUCGGGCAUUGGUAGUAAAUAUCUCCGAGGUAGCAUCAAGACAAGCUUCCUCAAAAGUGCUUACAGAAAACCUAGAUCGCCCCAAAAGAAACAAUAAGCUGAGUCAGUGAUAAUAAGGACUUGAUAAAAACACGCACAAACAAAUGUGGGACGGAACUGAGAAAAAAUGUGGACAUUUGUGUGUAUAUCGGGUAUGGUUGAGUUCUGCAUAAUGAAGGCUGCUCAGACGGCAGUUUUUUGUCAAUAAAAAUGAUUGUCAGGGAUGGAAAAUUAGUACCGGUGCUUCCUGUAGAUCAGUAGUGUUCUCUUUCUCACAAGAACAAGCUCAUUUUGACUGAAAGUUAAGUGUUACUGCUUUUUGAGGUGGCUGAGUCCACCCAAACUGUUGUAUAGAUCCUGCCAGCUGACAUCUUAAUCAAAUGUGUAUAUAGUCAUCUCAUUUUCUCCUGAACAGUUUGCAGUGCUGUAUUGGUUAGGGAUGGACCUGUCUCCAUGGUGCCAGACCGGGGCAGGGUUCCGUUAAGCAGUUCUAACAAAUGAAAGUCAGUCUUGGAGUAAUGAUUGUUGUAGCACAAAGAUUACUUUCUGGAACAGGGUCAGGUCUUGAUUAUGUCCUGUGUGGAAUCAGUCAUUGUGUAUGCGGAAAUCGACUGCAAGAGGAAUCUACUAUCUGAAGUAUUCAUGGCUGUCGGCCAUUGUUUUUGUGUACAAUUCCAGUUGAAUAUUGCUGUAAACUUUUGAUCAAAGCUACUAAACCCAGAUCAAUUUACCUUAUUUAGUCUGUUAAGAAUGCAAACUCUUAUCAAUUCAGUUUACAUUUAGACCCAUUCUGUACAAUAGGCCAGGUUGGCUCUUAUUUCUAGAUCUUUCCUUUAGAUUUCUCCGGUACCUAUGAUGAGAAGGUACAGCUUAGCUUUGUGAACAGUCAACUCUAGUGGAGAGAAAUCAUUAGCUAACCCAGCUCUUAAUAGAGGAAAUACGCUAUCUUCUUCUUUUACAGACUAGAAGAGUGAAAAGACGUGAAAAAUGCAGUUUGAAUCAAAAUUUGUUAUUUGUAAACUAUCUUUUUAAGAAAUGUAGCCUCAAAGCAACUGAUUUUUAGAUUUGUAUUUUGCUUCCUGUCACAUUGCCCCAGAAAUUUGAUAAAACAAGGAACUAAGUUGAUCUGGCCUGUACAUCCAUCCUGGUUCUGUCUGUAUAACACAGGAUAUAGCUGAGGUAAUAGAACAUGUAGAACAUAUUGGUCAUAGUUCUAAUUAUCAACUCCAUUGGUUAAUUUUAUUUGUAAUAUUCUUGAAGAACUGGAAUUUACUUGUGCAACAUUGAACUAACAAAGAACAAUGGUAGGGACUGUUAGUCAAGUCGUAUAUACCAUAUUCGACGUAAUAAGCGCCCCGCUCUAAUAAGGGCCAUGGCCAUAUUUGCUAAUAUAUUGGCUAGUGAACAAUCCCAAUUAGCACCCCUUCCGAUUGAUCAAUGUACACAAGACU